AUGUCUUACAACGGCAGUGGUGACGGCUAUUCUACAUCCCGUCGUGAUGAGGAUAGUUAUGGCUCCUCCAACCGCAGGGACGAUGAUAAUUCCUACGGGUCAUCAGGCCGUUCUGGCGUAACUGGUUCCUACGGAUCUCUGGACGACUACAACGACAAUAGCAACACCAAACGUGACAACGAUUCAUAUGGCUCCAGCAAUCGUGACAACAAUGACUCUUAUGGCUCUUCCGGCCGUACCGGAGGCUCUGACUCAUACGGGUCGAGCGAGCGUGAUAACGAGAGGUCUUAUGGCUCCUCUGGCCGCACAGGCAGUGGCAACGACAGCUAUGGAUCCAGCAACCGCGAUGAUACCUAUGGUUCGUCCGCUCGUACGGGGGGAAGCGAUUCCUACGGCUCUUCCGAUAGAAACGAGAGCUCCUAUGGUUCCUCUGGAACCAAUAAUGACAGCUACGGUAGCAGUAAGAGGGACGACAAUGAUUCCUACGGAUCCUCUAGAAAUACUGGAAGAGGGAGUGAUUCAUAUGGCUCUGAUAACCAGAAUAGAAAUGACUCCUCGUACGGGUCCAGCAACAACCGGCGCGAUGAGGAUGAUUCCUACGGUUCCUCCGAUCGAAACAAGAGCUCGACUUAUGGCUCGACGAGCCGUGGUGAUGACGAUACUACCACCUAUGGGUCUAACACCAGCCGUCGUGAUGAUGGUGAUUCUUAUGGUUCUUCUGAUCGACAUAAGACUUCAUAUGGUUCCAGCGGGCGUGAUGGCGAUGAUGAGGACAAAUACGGGUCGAAGUCCUCGAAUAAGUAUGGAGAUAGGAGCGACUCUGGGGAGUAUGGUCAGAAGGAAACCAUCGCUGAUAAGGUAAUGGGUAAAGUUGGAGACAUGAUUGGUGAAAAGAUCCAGGAAACUCUAAGUGGAGGAAGUCGACACUAA